AUGGGUUAUUCGCUGUGGCAGCAAGGGAUGGAUUCAGGGUCCGAGGCGCCGCUCAGUGAAAGUUCUCAGAGCAAGUCGAGUCGCCCAACCUCCGGGUUGUCCGGGGCGGAAGUAUCAAUGACGCCAGCCCUUCCCGGGCCAAACGGGACGAGCUCAGUAUUGACUAACUGAUCUCGAAAGCAGCCGUAAGUCAAGAUCUUCAGCGGAGAAGACAUCCCUGCCACUCAGCCUUAGGACACCGUCAGUAUCCAUACAGAUAACCAAAGCCAUCUGAAAUGUCAGUAGCUCGUUCAUCUGUCCAUGCCAAGUGGAUCGUGGGGAAGGUGAUUGGGACAGCAAUGCAAAAAACUGCUAAAGUGAGAGUGACCAGGCUUGUUCUGGAUCCCUAUUUAUUAAAGUAUUUUAAUAAACGAAAAACUUACUUUGCUCAUGAUGCACUUCAGCAGUGCACAGUUGGGGAUAUUGUGCUUCUUAAAGCUUUACCUGUUCCACGAACGAAACAUGUGAAACAUGAGCUGGCUGAGAUCAUUUUCAAAGUUGGACAAGUCAUAGAUCCCGUGACCGGAAAACCCUGUGCAGGAACUACCUACCUGGAAAGUCCAGAUAGUUUGGAAGCCACCCACCUAACCAAAAAUCUGGAAGAACUCAAUAUCACUUCAGAACAGUGAAGGAAGAUUAGAAAAAGGAGCCAAAGGGAAAAAUUUAGAAGUCUGCCUUAUGGAAAAAGAAAUUUUUCUAAGUUUCAUCACAAACUGGCCAAUUUCUCUUCUGGUAUUUAUGAAAUAGCUAAAAGUAAAUGAAUAAAGAGUUUGUUAUAAUUUUCCAUAAAA